AUGCUCAUCGACGACGGACGGCUGACAUGGGUGGACAAUAGCAUUACCGGACUUGCCAUUGCGGCACAGCUCUCUCGCAACCACGACAUCACCGUGGUCGCCAAGAAUCUCCCAGGGGAUGACCCGACGACUGAAUGGGCAAGCCCGUGGGCGGGCGCUAAUUUCGUGGCAGGAUACUGUUCUUCACCUUGCGACAGGAAAAGGCAGCGUGAUACCUUUAGCGAGUUGUGGAGAUUGGCCAGCAGGUGUCCGGAGUCUAGCGUCAAGAAGAUUACGAUGGAGGAGUUCUUCAACGGAGAGCGGACGGAGGACGACUUGUGGUUCAGGGAGUUUGUGCCCGAUGUAUGCGAUGCAGAAAACCUAAGAAGAGGUGUGAUUAGUGCUGAUCUGGAUAGUUCCGCUUCCUCGCAAACGAUGAGCUUCCAGAAGGGACCGAUGGGGGAUACUCCUGUGUGUCUGGACCUGUCAAUAUUCAGUGCGUCAACUGACCGUUUCCAGAUACGACAGUCGUUCUCAACCCGAACAUCUUCCUCCCUUGGAUGAGACGCAACCUUGAGAACUCAGGGGUCAACUUCAAGAGGCUCGAUCUCAGCUCGCUCUCGGAUGCGCGGCAUCUCGGGCACGACGUUCUUGUAAAUGCGACUGGAUUGGGGCCCAGGGAUCUGGCGGAUGUUCAGGACAAGGACAUGCUGUUCCUCAAGGGACAGAUCAUGCUAGUGAAGAGUGACUACAAGAAAACCAUGAUGCGCGACGAUGGGGAGACUUACACAUAUGUCAUCCCGCGAUUGGACGGGACGGUGAUUUUGGGCGGCAUUCGAGAUCCGGAUAUCAGGUACGGUGAAAGCUGGACCUGAUCCUUGGCUGGACUGACAGCAGCGGUGCAAACAGCAAUACGAAGGUCGAUCUUGAGGUUGACAAGGAUGUGAGUCGAGCUGUCGCUCGCGGCGGCGGCGGGUGCUGACCUGUCGUAGAUUGCGAGAAGGGUGAACAAAACCCUGCCGGAGCACUUCUCUGCCGACCCAGCAGACUACGACAUUGUCGGGCACAAUGUGGGCAUUCGGCCUUACAGAUCGACGGGAAUGCGCAUCGAGAAGGAGGUCAAGGAAGGCCAGAACAUUGUGCAUGCUUACGGUAGGGCACCCGUGCGUAUCGUAUGGGAAGAGGCUGGACCCUGCUGA